GAGGAGGAGGAAGAGGAGACGAUGAAGGGCAGCAGAGAAGCAUUCCUGAAGAUCACAGAGAAAAUCCUGCUGAGCAUGAACCAGGAGCAGCUGGUCGAACGUCUGUGGAGAAGAAAACCUGUUGAAACCACUGAUGUGCGGAAGAGCCUUCAGAGAAAGUUCCGGCACAUGGAUAACAUCGCGAAAGAAGGAGAACGAACCCAGACAGAUGAUAUCGACACAGAGCUCUUUGUCACCAACUGGAGUCAGGACCACAUUAGUGAGAAGCAUGAGGUCCAACAGGUGAAAGCGCCAGCCAGGAAACACACUGGUCUGGAAAAGACUAUCCAACACCAGGACCUCUUAACGGACCCAAGCAUCAGGUGCCUGCUGACUAAAGGUGUGCCUGGCAUCGGGAAAACAGUCCUCACCCAGAAGGUGACCCUGGACUGGGCUGAAGACAAAGCCCACCAGGACUUUGACUUCAUAUUUUGUUUCACCUUCCGAGAGCUGAAUGUGCUGAAAGGCAAGAAGUUUAGUUUGAUGGAACUUAUUAAUCACUUCUUUCCAGAAACGAAAAAAGUGAAACCCCAGAGCUUUGAGGAAGUGCGUGUUCUGUUCAUCUUUGAAGGUCUGGACGAAUGUGACCUGCCCCUUGACUUCAACAACAAUCCCGUCCUGACUAAAGUAGUAGAGCCGGCCUCUCUAGAUGUGCUGCUGACAAACCUCUUGAAGAGGAAUCUUCUUCAAAGAGCUUGUCUUUGGAUGACCACACGGCCUGCAGCAGCCAAUAAGAUCUCUUGUAAUUGGGUGGACAUGGUGACAGAGGUCAGAGGAUUCAAUGACCACCAGAUGGAGCAGUACUUCAGGAACAGAUUCAGCGAUAAAAAGCUGGCUCACAGCAUCAUCGCUUACAUCAAGACCUCGCGUAGCCUCGACGUCAUGGGUCACCUCCCGAUCUUCUGCAGGAUCACUGCCACAGUUGUGGAGGACAUGUUGAAGAUGACAGAGAUAGUAACGCUGCCCAAGACCCUGACUGAGAUGUACAUCUACUUCCUGGUGGUUCAAACCAAAUUUUAUAGGAUGAAAUACGACAAAGGAGCUGAAACAGAGUCACACUGGACUCGCAACAGCAAGAAGAUGAUCAAGUAUCUGGGAAAACUGGCUUUCCAGCAGCUUCAAAAAAGAAAAUUCAUCUUCCGUGAGUGUGACCUGGCUGAGUGUGGCAUCAAACUGAGGGCUGCCUCAGAUUACUCCCAAGUGUUCUCACAGGUCUUCAGAGAGGAGCGAGGACUGUCCCAGGAGAAGGUGUUCAGCUUCGUCCAUAUGAGUGUUCAGGAGUUUCUGGCUGCUCUCUAUGUUCACAUGAAGUUUAGCAAGUAUGGCGUCAAUCUUCUGCAUGAAGGACAGCCAGCAGCAGCCUUUGGAUUUAGUCUUAAUCAUGAGGAGUUCUACCAAAGCGCAUUGAAUGAAGGUGUGAAGGAUCCGAAGCUGGACAUGUUCUUGCGAUUUCUUCUGGGUCUUUCACUCAAGUCAAACCAGAGUCUCCUGAGAGGUUUGUCUGAAGAGAUUGGAAGUUCCUGGACCAGCCAGAAAAGUGCUGAGCUCAUCCAGAAGAAAAUCAGAACAACAGAGUCUCGAGAAAGAAUCAUGAAUCUGUUUCACUGUUUGGAUGAACUGAAGGACACUUCUCUAGUGGAGGAGGUCCAGAAGAUGAUUAGAUCAGGACGUCUCUACACAGAUCCACCGUCUUCUUCUCACUGGUCUGCCCUGAUCUUCCUACUACUGACCUCACAGGAAGAUCCCUUUGACCUCAACAAAUAUGGCGCUUCCACUGAAGCUUUUCUGAACUUGCUGCCUGUCAUACGAGCUUCAAACAAAGUGCUGCUGAGAUGCUGCAGCCUCUCGAUGAACUGUUGUGAAGUCCUGUCAUCGGUGCUGAAGUCUCCAUCCUCUAAACUGACAGAACUGGACCUGAGUAACAAUGACCUGAAAGACUGUGGAGUCAAGCUCCUGUGUGAAGGCCUCAAGAGCCCCAACUGUCAGGUGGAGACCCUCAGGCUCAGACUCUGUGGGCUGUCGAAGGAAAGCUGUCCACACUUGUCUUCAGUACUCGGCUGUCCUUCCUCCCGUCUGAAGAAUCUGGACCUGAGUGACAACGACCUGAAGGAUGCAGGAGUUAACCUGCUGUGUGCUGGACUGAAGAACCUAAACUGCCACCUGGAGACACUCAGUCUGUUGGGGUGUCUGGUCACAGAGGUGGGGUGUGACAGUCUGGCCUCCGCUCUGAGAUCCAACCCAUCCCAUCUGAGAGAGUUGGACCUGAGCUGGAAUCAUCCAGAAGGACAAGGAUUGGAUCUACUGUCUGCUGCACUGCUGAGUCAAAGCUGGAGGCUGGAGACUCUCAUGACAAUGAAUUGUGACAAGCAGAGACUGACUCCAGGCCUGAGGAAGUACUUCUGUCAGUUCACUCUGGACCCAGACACAGCACACCAGCGCCUCCGACUGACCAACAACAACAAGACAGCGGAACUUAUGCGGGAGGAUCAGAAGCAUCCGUACAGUCCGCGCAGGUUCACGUCGCAACCCCAGCUGAUUUGUGAGAACAGUCUCGCCGCUCACCACUACUGGGAGGUGGAACAUCAAGGAGACGUUCUGAUCGCUGUGACUCACAGGCAGCACAGAAGAACAGCAGAACUUGAGUUUGGACAGAACGAUUCUUCCUGGAGUCUGAGAUGUUUGGAUGGUGUCAGCUACGAGAUCUGUCACAAUAACACCAAAUGGUCGAUGACAUUCCACUCUGUUUCUGAUAGAGUGGGCGUGUACGUGGACUGGAGCGCAGGCGUUGUGUCCUUCUACAGGGUCACGAAUGACACACUGAUCCACAUCUACACCUUCUACACCUCCUUCACUCAGCCUCUCUACCCUGCUUUUGGACUCAGACACCAGAUGGGUUGUGGUUCUUCAGUGACUCUGUCGGGUCUUGAUGAAUAUUCUCUGUUAUAA